CUCCCUCUCUAUUUUUGACAGUUGUUCCAAUUCACCACAUUUAACCAGUCUAACUCAAUUAAUUCUGUUAAAACGUAUCAAAAAUGCCGAAACAGAACAGAAAACGCCGCCACGAAACCAUCGCAAGCGACAUAGAAUACGAAAUCGACGCCCCUAAGAAUAAGUUUCGUCCAUUCGACGAAGAGGCGCAAGCCGAAGAGGAACAAUUAAACAAAAUCCUGUUCGGGGGGGCUUCCAGUUUCCUGAAAAGCUUAGAAGAAGCAGAGCAAGAAGUAGGCGCUUCGUGCUCCAACGUAGACUCCGGCGUAGGUGAGGACACGUCAGACAGCGACUCAAAAGAGCGGACUCCGGCGUGGUUCGAUGACGAUGACGACGGAAUCGAAGUGGGACAGGCUUUGGAAGCCCAAGGGCGCAAAUUACCAUCAGGAGGAGUCAACAGUCGCAAAAACAAAUACUCGAGUUUGCUUAAACACAAGUUCACUGCGGCUAUGGGAACACCGUCAUGGGCGUCGUUGGAUAAACGCAAGACGCCGGAUUCGGAUUCAGAAGACGAGAUUUUGAGGAGUUGCGGGUUUAUAAGGAAGAAGACUGAGGGUCAGUUGGCUUCUGGGUUGCUGGAGUUUAAGAAAGUUAAAGAUUUGAAUAGUGAGACGUAUAGUGAAGGGCCGUUUAUUAAUGCAGCUGAGUUUCACCCGUCGUCGCGAGUGGCUCUAGUGGCUGGUCACAGUGGAGUCGCUACAUUGUAUGCUGUGGAUGGUCGGCGCAAUAAUAAAUUGCACAGUGUGUUGUUCCAAAACUUUCCAAUUUUCUGUGCAAAGUUUAUUUUAAAUGGAAAUGAAGCAAUCUUGGGGUCAAGAGUUAACCACAUUUUCAGCUAUGAUUUAAUGUCUGCGAAGUCUACAAGAAUUCCACUGCCUCCUGGGCUUACACGAUUCAAAAAGUUUGUUACUUCACCGGACUCUAAAUUUAUAGCUGGGGCUGGCAAGUGGGGUGAAGUACACAUACUGACGGCGGCUUCAAAAGAACGUGUAGCUACACUCAAGCAAAAUAAUGAGGUGACAGCGUUAACGUACAACCCUCGAGGUAAUUUAUUAUAUGGACAUAGUGAUUGUGGGGAAGUAACCAUCUGGGAUGUUAACAUGAACAAAGUUAUCCACAAGUUCACCGAUGAGGGUUGUCUGCAAGGGACUACAUUAUCCAUUUCUUCUUCUAAUCAAUUUCUAGCGGCGGGUUCAGCGCAAGGCGUUGUCAAUUUAUACAAUGUGGACGACGUUUUAUCCAGCAAAGUCCCCAAACCAAGGAAAACCAUUAUGAACCUAACCACUAGCAUUACAGAUUUGAAAUUUAAUUCGUCGUCAGAAAUUUUAGCGUUAUCAUCUGUUGAUAUACAAAAUUCUGUUAAAUUAUUCCAUGUAGGUUCUGGGACAGUUUUCAGUAACUUUCCACCUUUUGACGCAAAACUAGGUCAUGUUAAUGUAGUCAAUUUUUCACCGAAUGGUGGAUAUGUCGCCUUUGGUAAUAAAAAAUCCACUGUUUCUUUAUAUACUCUAAAACACUUUAAAGGUUAUUAAUAGCAACGCUCACUUCAUGUAUGAGUGUAGAUUAUUGUAAAUGAGGUAUUUCAUUCACUGUUAUGCUUUUAGAGUGCUUUACCCAAAAAUGUAAAUUGUAAUAAAGUUGCUGUUAUUUUGUGAAUUUUAAGUGUUACAAGAAAGUCUACUUAGUGAAAUAUUUAUUCGUUCUACAAUAUAUUUACAAUCACGCAGUUCUAGAAUUUUUAAUUUUUUAUUACUGUUGUAUUUAGUACGUACC